AUGAGACGAACUUUUAAUUACAUUUUGCUGUGUGUUCUGUUGGAUGGAUAUGUGGAUGUGCUGUGUACGUUUACGCAAAUUGUGGAGACGAGUUAUGGUAAAGUGAGGGGACUAAGGAGCGUCUCCGGACAAAACCUGUUUUAUGGAAUACCGUAUGCGACCAGUGAAAGAUUCCAACCACCAAAAGAGCCAGCCACCUGGGAUGGAAUCUUCGACGCCGUCCGGCGGUUUGGUGCCUGUUCACAGACAGUUUCUGUUCUGAAAUUAGGCUCGGAAGAAUGCCUCAACCUAGAUCUAUACGUUCCCGAACGAGCGAAACCAGGGGACAAAGUGCCGGUGUUGGUCUUCUUACACGGUGGCGCGUAUUACUACGGCAGCAAAAUACACUACGAUCCUGAAUUUCUAGUCACGAAAAACGUUAUCACAGCCAUUAUCAACUACAGGGUCGGCGUGCUCGGCUUUCUCUGCCUGGAUGGAGUCGCCAACCUUGGACUAAAAGACCAAGUUGCAGCCCUGAAAUGGAUAAGAAAGACCAUCUCCGCAUUCGGUGGAGAUCCAGAUAACGUCACCAUAUCUGGUCAGAGUGCCGGUGCGAGCGCCGCAGCGAUGCAUAUGCUAUCAGAAUCUAGCACAGGAUUGUUCCAUAAAUUGAUCCUCAUGAGUGGGUCACCGUUAACUCCCUGGGCGUUCAAUACCGAACCUCUAACAGCCGCUUAUCAAGACGCCAGGAAACUCAGUCGGGUAUCUACAGAGAAAGACGUACAUAAUUUAUUCGCAAACGCUUCUGUUGAUGAAAUAUUGAGGGUGUCACACGACACUUCUUUAAAUCCUAGAUAUUUUAAAUACAGCCCUUGCAUAGACAGCAACUUCUCAGAACCGUUUUUCAAAGGCAGUCCUUUCGACCUCAUAAAAACUGGUCGUUUCAAUAAAGUGCCAAUACUAACGGGCGUCGCUAGUGUCGAGGGUUUAUUGUUUUAUGGAUUGAACAAUGAAAAAACGUUAAAAGAACUCGACGAAAAUUUUGUAGAGAGGCUUCCUAGCGUCUUCUCCUGGUGCUCGAAGGCGGAUAAAAGAAAAAUCGCAAAUAAAAUGCGGUCGCACUACUUCGGAUCGAGACCCAUACGAAAAAUGCAAUUCAAACACAUUAUAGACUUUUAUUCUGACUGGAUAGCGCACAGUACAUCACAGGCUUUCAUAGAUUUGAUGGUGAAAUCUUCUGGUCAACCUGUUUAUUCAUAUUUAUUCAAUUACGUGGGGGACCGAAACUUUGCGAAGGUACUGCUGGGUCAAGGUUUGGAUGUGGAAGGGGCGUCACACUCUGAUGAUAUAUUCUACGUGUUCAAACCGGCGGGGCUGUCUCUGCUAUUGUCCAGUAGAGAUCGGCUAUUCAUAGAUCGCCUCACGACUAUGCUCACCAACUUCAUGAAGUACGGAGACCCCACGCCGUUCAAGACUCGGCUGCUGCCAGUGCGGUGGCCACAAGCGAACACAUCCCUGACGAUGCGGCUGGACAAGCGGCUAUCUGUCAUCAGGAUAGUACCAACCGCGCACCAGCGGUUCUACCUCGACCUCCUGUGCACCUACGGACAGGCAGGUUACGUGCCAUGCGAGAGCGCACAGAAAUGCAACACCAGCAAUGAUGCACAGCAGCACCAGGGGAGCGCGACCGCCUGA